UUGCAGUCGAGUCUGGUUUUGUCAGAAGUGGAGUAGCUUUCUAUGUUCAGGAGGGGGUGGUGUGAUAGCAGUUCCAGCCAUGGCUUCCGUCAACACCUCCGCCUCACCUCGUCCGACCUGUAGUAGCCACGCUGCACAGAUGCUAUCGCGCAAGUCUUUUAGAAGAGACGAAGCAUCCCCUUUUCUGCUUCUGCCAGGAGAGGUCCAGUCUCAAAUACUGGACCUACUCGAUGGCGUCUCGCUCGCACGCCUCGCCUGCACUUGCGCAGCCGUGCGCCACGAGAUACUCUCCCCUGAUAACUCGCACGCCUCCGAUAGAUGGCACAGCCUCUGCAUGUCGCGUCUCGGCCCUUCCGUGUGCGCCCUGCAUCGCGCCUUCGCCAUGCACUGCCACGCGGAGGAGGCUACUGCGGAGCGGCUUCCCGUGCAACACCAGCGCGCCGACGAGCCCGGAGGUCCAUGGCGGCUGAGCGGGGCAUCCGCGGUCCAUCCGGCACGCGGCGACGGGAGCGUUUCGCGCCCGCAGUCAGGUCGGAUGCCGCUUGACGCGCGUGUGGGAGAGCGUGGGCGGCAGCAGCGGUGGCUGCUGGAAGGCGGAGACGACCGCGUGCAGGCGUGGUUCUGGCAUCGCGUGUUCGGCGCGAGCAUCAGAGCCGUCGAGCUGCAAUGGUGGCCUAAUGGCGGCGAGAUCUUUCGCCAGAGCCUGAUAGCCGCCCGGCGCAGCAAGCAGGCGGAGGGCGGGGCGGAGGUGUUCACGGCGCCGCUGCUGCCCAUGGCGGCGCCGCCGGUGGCGGGCGUGUGCCCAUACGACGAGACGGCGGUCAGCGCGCUGGAGUCGCUCGAGCGCACGGGGCAUUCCGCCACCGAGGUGGACACGUGGCAGAUCAUCGUUGGCGGGCUGAUGCGCAGCGGGCAGGCGGUGAUGGACGUGGUGCUAGUGGACACCGCCACCAUGGCCAUGCGCCAUCCGCACGUGGACGUCUUCUCCGCCGACUCCCCGCCGCUCCCCCGCUUCCGCCAUACCGCCGUGCUCGUGCGCGUGGUGGAGGCGUUCCGCCAUGGGUUCGCGGGGCCGUCGGACCCCGUGCUGUUCGUGUUCGGCGGGUACAACCUGCAGGGCGGCGUGUACGGCGCGGAGGAGUCGUUCUUCCUCGCCAUCACGGACGCCGGUCGCCGCGUCGUGUGGCGCAGAGCUACCGCUGCUGGCGUGCCGCCGUCGCCGCGCUUCCACCACACCAUGUGCUCCUUCGACCAUGGUGCCCAUGUUAUCGUCUACGGCGGCGAGGGCGCACAGCUCAACGACUGGGCGGAUGAGGCGGACGAGCAGCUGCGCGGAUGGGAUGCGACGGAGGGGGAAGCUGGGGAGGCGGAGCAUGUUCGGGACGAGGCUAGUCGGGGGCUCCGCGCGACGGGGCGGGAUGCGCAAGCGCACUCUCCGACCUCCACUGGGUCUCUCGGGCAUGAGCUUUUCGAGCGGCGGAGGCGCCAUCAAGCGCUGUCUGCGCAGCAAGGCCCGCCUUCCGCGGUGGGAUGGUGCGGCGGCGGGUCGAGCGGCAGCUCGAUCAACGGCUUCGCAACCGCGCUCUUGCGCACUCCUGGGGCGGUCGACGGUCCCUCGUUUGGUGCACAUGCGGAGCGUUUCGCGCGGAGUGGCGGGAGCGAGGGGCGGAGACAGUUGGAGGAUGAGGACGGGAGCGGGGGAGUCACUUGGGAUGGUAGUCAGUCGUCUUUGGGAGCUCACAGCAGCAGUUGCAGCACCGCGCUUAGUAGCGACAGCGGCAGCAGCAGCAGCUGCGCGUGCAGCAGUGGCAGCGCGAGUCUCGGCGGAGCGGCAUCCGCCUGCAGCUGCUGUUCCGCGGAUGAGUGCGAUCAGCGAGCGCGCGCAAGCGCUGGCUGCGAAGUGCGCGCGAUCCCCGCCGAUUCCGCCGCGCGCACGGAAACGUCUGGGCAAGCUGCGGGGAGCGGGGAUAGUGCUGGCGUGCGCGCGGGCGAAGUGGAGGGCGCGGUGGCGCACAGGGAAGGGGACGGGGGAACGGGCGCGUGGGGGGAGGACGAGGUGGAAGGAGACGCGGGGCGCGGGGAAAGGAACGAGCAGGCGGCGAGUGGGGGCGUUGGGGGGGCGGGCGGAGAGCAAGGGGAGCGCGCAGCGGUGGUGUAUGUGCUGGACGUGCGGCGCAUGGUGUGGCGGAGAGUGGCGACGAGGGGACGCGGGCCGGGCGUGCGGUUCCUGCACCACGCGUGCACGCACUCCAGGGAGCGGGAGCGAGGGCGGGAGCAGGAGCGGCUGGUGGUGUUUGGCGGGUACCGGGAGAAGCACGAGGAGAUGGAGGACAUGCAGGCCUUCACGCUGGACCUCUCCACCAUGACGUGGCACGCCCCUCCUCGCCUCCCUCCCUCGCGCGCUGCUCUUCUGCCGCUGCCGCGCAACCGCUCUGGAAUCACCAAGGUGGGUCCGGACCAGAUUGUGCUGGUGGAGGGCACCACUUACGGCACGCGCGACUACCUGUCGGACGUGUACCUCCUCAACCUGCGCUCCCUGCACUGGUCGCCUGUGCGCGUGCACGGAGCAGCCAUGGCAGGGCCCAGUGCGGGCCAUUCAGUGGAGGGGCUGCUGGUGUUGGGCGGCUGUGUGCUGGGCACGCUGGGUAUCCACCCCAUAUCGCGGGUCGACCCGCUGCUGCUCGGCAACUUUGGCACCCUUGCUCUGCCCCCUGCCACCGCGUGCUUGCCGUCCGUUGUGCUGGCGCCAGUGGCCAGUCUGCUUGUGGCUGCUGAUCCUGCACCAGCUGUGGUUGCUGACUCAGCAGCAGCUGCCGCAUGCGAUGGUGGCAGUGCCAACGGGCCGCUGGAUCUCAUUCUGAGAGUGAGGGACGUGAGGAACACGCUGGUGCGGCGGAGCGAUUGGGCUGAUGCGGGUAACGACGACUACGCACACAUGCCACCUUCCUAGCUGUAGCUCCCCGAGGUGUUUUUCACUUCACAGCAUCAUGUGUGGUCUGCUGUUGAAGUGGCUGGUUUUUGGCUGGGUUGAGGGCGUUUUUGCGGUCGUCUUUUUCUCCCGUGUGUUACAAUGCGAGUUCCUAAAGUUUAGUUCCAUCAAACGUUUCUACAUGCUGCAAGCAAUUGCCAUUUAUGUUCUGUUCAUGAGAACGGGUCGAAGAUAU